CAGUACCCGAUUUUCCACGGCAAGAGUCAGACUGCCGCAACAAGUAGCGCAACUUAUAGUUGACACUUCGUUCACUGUUCCUUAAACAGUUUUCGGUUAAAGAUUUUUUCGCGCCAAAUAAUGUCCUCGCCACCUGAACUGGUAGUAGCCGAAGGCUCUGGAGGACCAUGUGCAAGUUGUGGGGCAGCAAACUGCAAGUUUAAAUGUUCUGGUUGUUUCAAAGCCUGGUACUGUUCUGAAGAUCACAGAGCCGGUGAUUAUGAUAAUCACAAAAAACUUUGCGAUAAGCCUUACAAAAUUCUAAAGAACGAGGAAUUCGGAAGGUACGUUGUGGCUAAUCGUGAUUUGGAACCUGGCGAAGAGUUGUGGUCUGAAACAGCAUUUGUCGUUGGACCGAAAGCGUUUAGCUACCCGCUUUGCCUUGGAUGUUAUUCGCCUUGGCCACCUACAGGUCUCGAAUCCACGGAGCGACCACUUUGCUCAAAAUGUGGCUGGCCAGUCUGCGGGCAGGAUUGCGAACUUUUGCCUUGUCAUAAAGAUUACGAGUGUCAAGUUUUUGCAGCUUCGGGGGAGAAAUUUAAUGUCAUCGCAGCGAUUGAUGGUGACACUGUUAAUGCAUCCCCUCAACUGGACUGCGUGAGUCCGUUGAGACUGCUUAUUGCUUCUGAGAAAGACCCGAUAAGAUGGAUGACCGAGGUGAAAGAUAUGGAGGCACACAAUUUGAAGAGGUCGCAGCAACUCGAGUGGAAAAGAUCUCAGGUUAACAUAGUGGAAUACCUUCGUUCCCGCUGUAAACUUGACAGAUUUUCAGAGGAUGAACUUCACACCGCUUGUGGUAUCCUCGAGAUUAACAGUCACGAAGUCAGAAGCCCGUCAGGCUACAGUGCCAAGGCGUUGUACCCGAUCACGGCCAUGAUGAAUCACUCUUGUGUUUCUAAUACCACCCACAGUAUUUCGCCUGAUAAUUACAGAAUUUGCGUUAGAACAACGACGAAGGUACAACGAGGAAGUGAAUUGUAUGGCAGCUACACGCAUAGCUUAUUACCAACAAUUUUGCGCCGUGAGCAACUCCGCGAGAGCAAGUACUUCGACUGUGCCUGCAGAAGGUGUUCCGAUCCGACGGAGCUCGGUACUCACAUGUCGUCGUUGAAAUGCAACAAAUGUGAUAACGGAGUGAUUUUGUCCCUCGAUUCAUUGGAUCCCGAAAGUACGUGGAAGUGCACGCAUUGUCCGUUCACGACGGGAGGACAAGCGAUUAGGCGUGUGUUGAGUAUCAUUCAGGCGGAAGUGGACGAUGUCGAACAGGCAACUUGCAAUGACGGCGGUACUGCGAUCGAAGCAAGAGAAUCACUCAUCAAAAAGUAUCGCUCAGUUUUGCAUCCGCAACACGCGUUUAACAUAAGUUUAAUGUAUUCGUUGAAUCAACUUUACGGACGAUGCGAAGGAUAUGAAUUUGACGAUCUACCAGACGUUGUUUUGGAACACAAGGUAGAUAUAUGCAGAUCUCUUCUCCGGGCAUUGGAUGUCAUAGAACCAGGUUACUCACGAUUUAGAGGAAUGACUCUAUACGAACUACAUGCACCGCUGUUGGUUUUGGCCAAGAAUUUGUUUCAUACUGGGACGAUAGAUGAGGCAAGUCUGAAGAGUAAGAUGAUAGAGGCAGCGGAAAUUCUGAAGGAAGCAGCACGCAUUCUAAUGUUGGAGUAUCCAAACACUGUCGAAAGGCAGAUUGGUGAAGUGGCAGUUCAGUCUUUGGGGGAAUUGGAAGCCUCUAUAAAAAAUACGUAAAUCCUAUCGUCGCAAAUAACCGAAAACAUUUGUAAUGAAUGAUCUUCACAUCAGAGAAUUAACAACUGCUUCUGACAACUAUUCAAUUUUAGACACUUUUGCUAAAGGGAUAAUGAAAAUCACUACUUGCGAUUUAAAAAAACGGAUGUACUAAUUACUCUAAACUAAAGGAUGGUAGAGGAGUAUGUCAUGUUUGCUUAUUUCAGUGAAUCGACAUCAGAGCAGUCAAGUUAAAAAUGAAACAUAAUCCGCGGUCAUCUUACUGAAAAAGGUUGAUCCGAAUUAAAGAAGUUUUGCACCAAAGGCUGGUGUAGCAUACUGCGUAAGGAACGUGUUAAAGUCUGAUUUGAAGAACUUUUGUUGCUGGAAAUAUGUGAUUGACAUGUAACUCUGAAAGUCACGUAAUAACGUAUUCAGUUUUACAAUAAACAUAGUUAAUCAGUUUGUUAUGUUUACAAAAUAAAGUUAUACAUGUAUUUAAAA